AUGGAUGUAAAAACAACUAAAAUAAACCAGAAGCGAAUUGAAAGAAACGAAUUAUUGAACACAAGAAGCGAAUUAGAUGAGAAUGAGAAAUCUGGGUUACAAGUGAAAAAAGAUACACAGAGAGUGGAAAGAUCCCAGCAAGAACCCACUGGUGCUGCAGUAGCUUCAGCCGUUCUACAGGAUAUUGGUAUUAUUAACGAAGACAAAAGCAGUAUUAUAGAUAACAAGAUUCGUCGUGCUAGAGGUAAGAAACGUGAAGGUAUACUAGAAACCAAUCAAAACUCAUCAUUACCUGGCCUGUUUUUUGAUGAAAGGAAGGAUGAAACGCUAAAGAUGGAAGACGGUCGUCGACGAAAAAUCCGGGAACAGCACAUUACUCUUAUAAAAAUGCCAGAGUCUGUAUACUUGACGCAUGUUUGUCCUGAAUCAGGAACUUCGUCGAACAUCAGGAAAUAUAUUUUAGAGUAUUUCGAUAAAUCUCAAAUUACAACAGAUUAUCUGAGAGUGAUAGGAUGCGACGGAACAAACGUCAAUGUUGGAAAAUAUUCAGAAAUUAUUGCAAAUUUGGAAAAAUAUUUGGAUAGACCGUCGCAGUGGUUUAUUUGCCAGUUGCUUGAUUUCAACAUAAUUGAGUUGAAUAUUCCGGCACUAGAUGAGUCUGUAAGGACUGAUCUCAGCACAGAUCAAAAAUAUCUUUAUGAUAUAUGUGAUUCUAUUUCAAAAGGAACUGUAGACGAAAACUUAUCCACACGAAGCCCUGAACCGCCAUUAACAAUGGGGUUACCAGAAGAAGUUUUAAAUGAUAUCGUGAAAAAUCCGGCUACAUCAAUGUUAUUUUCUGAAAUAAAAUCGUAUCCAUGUCACACGCAAGCGGUGGAAUGGGCUGUUAAAAUAGUAACGGAAGCUUCAGCUGCAGUUUGUGGUGGUGACAACAGAGAUGGUGUAAUUAGGGCAAAAUUGGAAUCACAUAGAAUCAUGCCUUCUUUUGGAUCCAAACAAGAUUAUAAAUUAAAUUAA